CGAGCGAGCGUACGCAUCUGAUGAUUCUUUAGACUGGGCUUGGGUGGUUGGUGGGAAGGGUGGGCUGUGGGGGGAGCAUGGCAACGGGUUGACUGACUGAUGAUGACUGAUGGAUCUCUUUGUUUUUUUUUGGCAUUUGCGUUUUGUUUUUUGGUUUUUUUUGGUUUUGUUUUUUGGCAUCUUCUGUUUUGCUGCUGCUUUGCUUUCUCUAAUGAGCUCUGGGCGGUGGGUGGGAUCGGGGGGGCUUCUUCCCCCGUUCUGCUUGUCGCUUGCUCACCCUUACCGGCAUGUUCAUGUUCUCCUAACGACACUGAUGACCUACAAAAGAAUAAGAUGCUUUUGGUUUUUUGAAUUGGAUUGUUUUGUGCCGGGGGGUGGUGGGAUGUGGGAUGUGUACGUGGAGGAGGGGAUGGAUGGAUGUAUCUUCUGGUUUUGUUUUGUUUUGUUCUUUUUUGGUUACUUAGACUCUUGUACUGCGAGGCACAUAUCUUGUCUGGGGUGUAGCUUAGCUAGGCAUGUAGUUAUGAUGAUUACGAUUAGACCGUUGCUGUUUGUUACGUUGCGAAAUAUGGGACUUGCUUGCGUUCGGAUUGGGGAUAGCUUGCGUCCCCUAGCUGUGGUGUUUUGGAUCACUUAUCACGUCAAUAGUUUCUAGCUCGACUAGUUGCUUAGUUCUUCCUUGAUGACUCGUAUCUUUGUGUACUCUAGUAAUCCAGAUGGCUCGAGAUGCUUGCCACUUGUUUUGGACA